AUGUUUACCAAAGACAUCAUCAGACAGAUGACCAAACCCCCUGACUGCAGUCCGCAGAUCGGGGCGGAGCUCAACGUGGGCGGAGUCAAACGUUUGACUCCGCCCACGUUGAGCUCCGCCGAGCGGGAGCUAGGCAUUGAGGACUGUGCGUAUGACAGAGAAGGAGAAGAAGCAGAGGAGAAGAAGAGCGAAGUAGCUGGCAGAAUGGAGAGACACAUCAGCAUACUGAUCAAUGUUACUUCUGCUUACUCUUUGCACAGACACAUUGCUCACAGCCUGUCUCCUGGCCCCUGGAGGGAGCUUGGCGUGAAUGAUGUUCAGGGCCUAACAAAGCAAGGGUGCUCCAACAACUGUGGCGUGUUUGUUUUGAUGUACACGCUGUACAUUGUAAUGGGGGCCAAUUGUGACUUCAGAGAGGAAAACAUGCUGCAAAUUAGGAGAUGGUGGUGUCUUGUCCUCCUACAGAACUUCCCCAUGCCGUCUAAGGAAACCAGAUUGCAGGAAAGAAAAAGACGGAGAAAGCAAAAAGGAAAACAGGAUCUGGAAGUGGUCCCUCCAAAAAGUAUUCGGCUUUCAGAAUCUGUCUCUGAAGCAUCAGCAAAGGCUGAGAGCUUGCCGGAAGUGGGAACUGGGAACGGAGAGGAUUCCCUGCUUAUGGACACCUUAACGGCAGCAAGGUGGUGUGGCACAAGAUCCUUCAAGGGAAAACUUUACCUUCCCCAGGUCAUCACCAUGAACAAGGAAGAUUCCUUGAGGGCAGUGGAAAUGCUGCGCAUGUGUGAUGGCCUGGAUGAAGAGUAUAAAGAAGACCUCAGUGAACCGUUCAUGUUCAUGUUUAGUUUGCAGGCAGACUAUGAGGAGUUCUGCAAGGAAAUGAUGGACAAAAGGCAGCUGCAGGUGUUUUCCGGCUUUGAAAUGAGAUAA